AUGCACUUCACUGUCACUGGAACGGCGCGAGGACUCCUCGAAGGCAGCAAUACGGCCAACGCAGCAGCAAAGAACGCUGAAGACCACACGUGGAUCAAAGGUGAUCCGGACACACGAGGUCCAUGCCCUGGUCUGAACGCUCUUGCCAACCAAGGAUACCUACCGCGAGAUGGAAAGAAUUUAACGUUGCCAAUGAUCAAACAGUCGCUGCAGGACGCACUGCACAUGUCACCCUUGUUGGCUUCAUCACUCACUAAUGCUCUUCGUCCACUUCGCCGGCCUGAUGGUACACUCGACCUGAAGGAUACCCGACGGUACAAUGUCAUUGAGCAUGAUGCCUCAAUCACCCGGCUAGACUUCCACCAAGGAGACAACUACACCAUUCAGCCUGAGCUUGUUCAGGCCAUCUUUGAUGAUGCUCACGGUGGACCACUUAGCGUCAAGACGUUGGCUGUCAGCUUCAAACGGAGGAGCAAGGAGAGUAGAGCAGCAGGUGCGCCACGAUUGGGUAUUAAGAUGUGGUUCGUGAAGCUCCUAAAUCUGGCUGGUGCGGUCAAUACCACCGUCGUCAACGGCGAGAUCCCGAAGGAGGUGGCUGAGGCAUUGUUUGUCGAGGAGAGAUGGCAUCCUGUGUCCUAG